AUGUCGGGUACUAAUACCAGCUGGACCAUUAAGUACUGGUGCUGGGUGUGUGACCGCCAAAAAGAUACCCAGUGGCAAAACGGCAAUUGGUGCACUAUCAAGCCUGGGGAAUUGGACAUCCACACCGGCGCGACAAAUGAAAAGGGGCCCCAAAGCAACGCGUCUCAGAAGACACAGAACGUGAUCAAGAGAUGUGAUAUCCAUGGUGGCCUCUGGCGUCAUCAAGAGGACCCGAAUUCGCUGAUACGAGACGUGCCGGAUAUGGAACAUUGGACAGCCCCAACUCUAGUACUGCCAUGGAACGUCGACAAUAUGGAAGUGACAGCACCAGACGGACAGAUACAUUAUUGCGAAGCACGGGCUAUUGGAUUCUCUGGGAACCCGAACAUCGUUGGGGACGAGAAAACCGACGAGAGCAAGAUCAUCGUCUGGAACCAGAACAUCGCCAUGCGCGCUCUCUGCCCGAGUUUUAAAAUCAGGGCACCUAAGGUGGACCCAAAAUUGUGUGAAGAACACAGCCUCUCCAACGCCGUUCCUGCAGAAGCCCAGGAGCCAGGGCAAGGAUAUCCUGGCCCUUCAACUGAGGCCCCAUCGGGCGGUGUUGAAGAGACGCAACAUGGAGGGGGGACUGCCUACUCCCCUUUCAACGCGGGCCAGUAUAGCGUGGAUGAUUAUGGCUCAGACCAAAACGCUCCGCUGUCGUACUCUCAGCAGCCGUACCCUUCGCAGUCGUACCCUUCGCAGUCGUUCUCUUCGCAGUCGCACGCCAAUCCAUACCUAUACGACCAAGGACUGGCAUCUGGAUCAGCAUCAUACUCCUAUGAUGCGGGGUUCGAGGCCGCAGCCAGUGUGAGUACCUGGCAGCCAACGGGGAGCGCUCCUGGCAUGGGACCAGGCGGAAGUGGCGAAACCUCAUGGGACUAUAAUCAGGGGACCCAGGUAGCUCAUGAGGCGUCUAACUCCGCUGCCGCUGGAGGAAUGUACCCACCUGGCGAGCCUUGGGGCUACGGAGGCACCCCUGCCCAUUCCCAGGCUGGGUCAAGCCGGUCCGUUCAACGUCAUCCUCAUGAUGGUUCAAGGCGCCACGGAGGUCAUGGAAGCGGUAGUCAAAGCAGUAGCAAGAAGCCCAAGAGGUGA